CCGUGUAUCUUGAAAGUUCCUCAACAGAAUUGUUUUGGGCGGUGGCGUUUUUUUGAUCACCUUUUUAUAAAUGCAAAUUUUUUAAAUAAUAUCAAGUAUACCUAUUUUAAAACAGCAAGUGAAUCUCACUUGAUUCUUUCAAUGGCUACCCAAAUUGUGUUGAUUCAGUUGUUCGUCAUCACCUUAUUCGUCCAAUCAGGUUUUCCCAUCAAGUGUCACCAGUGUUCUUCCAGCCAAGAUGCCAAAGGGCAAGACAAUUGUGGGGCCUACAAAUUGUUUGACACUAGAAAAAGUAUUCCCGUAGACUGCAACAGCGAUGAAUCUGUUACACCAGGAACGUUCUGUGUAAAAAUCACGCAGCAGGGUCCCCGAAGCUUUGUCUGGGAUGGACGCUGGAGACAGGUCAUCCGUCGCUGUGCAUCUGUGGCCGACACAGGUGUGACAGGUGUGUGUAAUUGGGGAGUGAAGGAGAAUGGUGUUUACUGGGAGGAAUGCUACUGCGCUCAAGAUGGUUGCAACGGCAGCAGUCAAAUCUCCACAACCCUUUCUGCAAUGAUCCUGCCGUUGUGCCUUUCCAUAUUCAUGAGAUACUUUGCAUGGUAGCCUCACAAGGUCUCAUAUUUCCCUUUCUUUAUGUGAAUUAUUUCCCAUCGUAAACAUUUUCUCAGCACACAGUGCCUUUACGCGGCUGAUCUGGUAGUUAGUUAUACCUUUUUGCACACCAUUUGACAAUUCAGCAUUUUUUCCUUUUUAUCAAAGAGUGUGAUGUUACUUAAAAAACAACACGUACAUAUCCGUCCAGAAUCGUGCGUAACCGUCCGUCCCUUUUUGUUUCGCUCCAGAGUGUCCAAAAUGUCUCUCCCAAAAACAAAACAAAUAGAAAAAGGAAUUUCUUUUUUUAGUGGAAAUACUGGAUGCUGCAGGUUUCCAUGUUGAUAUACCAACGUGACAAUUCUUGUAUAAGAAAUAAAUAAAAAAAGAUGAAAGUA